CACACGUCCAUGUCAAUGUACUCCAAGAUGGCGACCUCCACCGUUCUGUAUUAUACGGUAUCGGCAAUUGCAACAAAAGGACAUUAUUGACACACGUCAAACUUUGUUGUUGGUUGCUGCAAAGACAAGCCGGUUUAGUAUAUCGAAUCUGAAACGCUAAAAUCUUCUCCAAUGCUUUGUACCUUUGUAUAACUGCGCGCCGUGUUGGACUGAGAGGAUUUGCAUUAACCGAGCAUGGCCACCGACAACAUAAUUCAUUUCUGGAGGAAAAACGCAAAGGUUCCAGGAAGUAUACAGCCAGUUUAUGGAGCGCAGCACCCUCCCCUUGACCCCAGAAUACACCGCACGUUUCCUAAAGACAGUCCCAAGGGAAACAACCUCAAGUCUAAAAAAGCGUCUAGUUUCCACGAAUUUGCCCGUAGCACCAACGAUGCCUGGGACAUUGAUGACGAGGACGAUGAGGACUUCUUAGCUCCCAUUCACCCCUCAUCUCUCCCGCCCACCCUSCUCUCCACGCACCAGGUUCCUCCUCUUCCUUUACAACAACCCAGUGACACCACCAGGGAGCCAGACACAGGGCCUGCWGACCRGCUGGCUCCCCCGACAGCAGAGGUCCGUCUUCAGCAGGAGGAGGMCACAGACUGUGGACAGAUCAAUGGCAGAGUGGUGGUGAAGUCCAGCAGUGAGGCCCUGCUCAACACCAAUACAGUGCGCUCCACCCUGCAGAAGCAACAGUCUCUCCCAGUUCGUCCUAUCAUCCCGUUAGUCGCCAGAAUCUCUGACCAAAAUUCCUCGGGGGCCCCAAUCAUGACAGUGCGAGACAAGAGCCGAUUGGACAAAUUCAAAUACCUUCUGUCCUGUCCUAACACCGACCUCGAGGAGCUCCGGAAGCACAGCUGGUCAGGUAUUCCACGAGAAGUGAGGCCCAUCACAUGGAGGCUUCUCUCUGGUUACCUUCCAGCCAACAUGGAGCGCAGAGACCUGGUGCUGAAGAGGAAGAGAGAUGAGUACUUUGGCUUCAUUGAACAGUAUUACCACUCCAGGACAGACGAAACUUACAAAGACACAUAUAGACAGAUCCACAUCGAUAUUCCGAGGACAAACCCACUAAUUCCACUUUUCCAGCAGCCCGCUGUGCAAGAGGUGUUUGAGAGGAUCCUCUUCAUCUGGGCUAUCCGCCAUCCAGCUAGCGGCUACGUCCAGGGAAUCAACGACUUGGUCACUCCAUUCUUUGUAGUCUUCCUCUCCGAAUUUGUUGAGGAGGACGUGGAGAAUUUUGACGUAGCGUCCCUGCCUCYUGACACCCAGAGGAACAUUGAGGCAGACAGUUUCUGGUGCAUGACCAAGCUGCUGGACGGAAUACAGGACAACUACACUUUUGCUCAGCCAGGGAUUCAGAAUAAUGUGAAAGCUUUGGAAGAAUUGGUCAGCAGAAUCGAUGAGGACAUACACAACUACUUUAAGAGGUAUGAGGUGGAGUACCUGCAGUUUGCGUUCCGCUGGAUGAACAACCUGCUGAUGAGAGAGCUGCCUCUACGCUGCACCAUCCGCCUCUGGGACACCUAUCAGGCUGAACAAGAGGGCUUCUCCCACUUCCACCUCUACGUCUGUGCUGCUUUCCUGAUCGAGUGGCGUAAAGAGAUACUCUCCAUGGUCGAUUUUCAGGGUCUUCUCAUGUUACUCCAGAACCUUCCCACAAUCCACUGGGGGAAUGAGGAAGUGGGCCUUCUCCUGGCUGAAGCGUACAGACUCAAGUACAUGUUCGCUGACGCGCCAAAUCACUACAAGAGAUAGGCUUCUAUGCAAUGGUGUAAAAACAGAUUCUGAUAUACUGUUACGAGGAAUGUAAGGUUUCAUUCCUCUCUUUGAUAUGACUGACCGACAUAUAGCUUGCACACAGGUACAGAAUAAUUCACUCAAAAUGGGAACCCUCGAACCCUAUUUCUACAAUAGUUUUCUUGCAGGUUCUCUCUGUUUGUUAAGACUUGUAUUGGCAAGUUUCAUUCCAGUAACACUGCAGUGUAUUAUCUCAGAGCCACUUGCUUAGACAUGUCAAUAGCAGUCUGUUACAAUUAAUGCGGUAGGCAUUGAGUAGGUUCUGGACAUACAACACAGCUAAUCCUCAACUGACUAGGUAUCCCCCUUUCCCUUUCCCUUCAACCUAACUCCUAUUAACCAUAACCUUAUGUGAGUCCUGGUAUUGGGACUCUUUACUGUCCUGGUAUUAGAACUCUAUACUGUUCUGGUAUUGGGACUCUUUACUGUUCUGGUAUUAGAACUCUAUACUGUUCUGGUAUUGGAACUCUAUACUGUUCUGGUAUUAGAACUCUAUACUGUUCUGGUAUUAG